AUGUGGGCGCUAGUAAUUUUGACGUUCUUGGCUUGCGUUUGCGUGAUUGCAUUUUUGUACCUUACAUGGAAUUUCAACUAUUGGAAGAGUCGACAUGUGACUGGGCCAAAGCCGACAGUUAUCAAAGGCUCCUUUCCAAAAACCUUUGGCGGCGUUUGUAAUUUAGUUGAGGAAUUGCAUCAAAUAUACUUGCGGUAUAGGGACACCCAAAGCUUCGUGGGUGUGUAUUCAGCCCGUAGUCCCAAGUUGUUUAUUCUUGACCCUAAAUUGGCGGUAUCGGUACUUAAAUCGAAGUUCAACAGUUUCCGCGAUAACGAAUCUUCAUUGUGGACGUCGCAGCAAGUGGAAAAACUGAGAUUCUGCAGUCCCUUUGUGUCGGUCGGUGAUGAGUGGAAGAAAAAACGCACAGAACUUGCUCAACUUGUGUCCACAAAAGCGCUACGAUCGCACAGUGAUAUUAUGAAAGCGUGCGCCAAAAGGAUGACGGAAUUCUUAAACACCCGGAAACCGAACUCUACGUGGGACGUUAAAGAUGUUGCUAACCGUUUUACGUGUGCAGUUAUGACCCAAUUUAUAUGGGGUAUGGAUGAGAAUACGUUCCAAAAAGAAAUGGAGUACUCGCCAUCUCAUAAUAUUGCAACAAUCAUGCUGCAACAGUCACUUCGCUGUGUCAAACAUUACGGACGUACAGCUUGUUUCCCUUUUCUACGAAGGUUCUUUCCAGUUCGUUUUUUCCCUGCUGCAGCGGAAGAUUAUUUCAGAAGACUGGCAAGGGAAGCACUGCAGGGAAAUAUAGUCGGGCAUUCUAGUGUCAUGAGUCGUCUAUCGUAUCUAAAUCAGAAAAAUGAUUUGACCGACAUGCAAGUUGCUGGGCAUACAACCACAAUAUUGAUUGAUGGAUUCGAAACUGCAGCCAUAGUAAUAUCCCACUGCUUAUUAAUGUUAGCAAGAAAUCAACGGGUGCAACGCAAACUAAGGGCACGCCUGAAUGAAUGUGCGGAAUCCCUGGCUUUUGAUGAAAUUACCACAAACACUUAUUUAAAUCAGUGUAUCCAGGAGACACUCCGCCUUUUCCCACCGUUGGCAACGCUCUUCAAAAUAUGUACCGAAUCAGUCACAUUAGAAAACGGGUUGAGCAACUCAUGUAUCGAGUUAAACCCUGGGGAUAUAGUAUAUAUAUCUUCCUACUCAUUUCACCACGACCCUAAGUACUACGAUGAACCAGAGAAGUACUGGCCUGAACGUUUUGAUGAUGAAUUAGGCGGCGUUAAAAAAUAUAAAGAUAUGGGCGUAUUUUUACCGUUUGGGGAUGGACCGAGGAUGUGUCCAGGGAUGAAAUUGGCACUAAUGGAAGUUAAAAUCGCACUAAUGGAACUCGUGAGACAUUUCGAAUUUGUACCCUCUGACGAUACUCGUACAGAUAAUAAACUGGAUUCGGAUUCAUUUCUGUUGAAGCUGCAUGGUGAUAUCUUGCUGAAAAUUAACCCAACUCCUAAUAUUUAA